AUGGGUUUUAGAGGUGUAUGUUUUGACAAGGACAAUACAUUGACCGAACCAUACAAAGACGAUGUCUAUGAACCCUAUAAGAAAUCGAUUGAUCUAUGCUUGGAGGUAUUUGGUAGAGACAAGGUAGCAAUCAUAUCAAAUAGUGCUGGAUCAAGUGACGACACUGAUUUUAAAAAGGCACAACAAAUAGAAUCAUCUCUUGGCAUGCAUGUAAUAAGACAUGGUACAAAGAAACCUGAUGGUAUCGAUCAAGUAUCGGCUCAUUUCAACACAACACCCGAUAGACUCAUAAUGGUUGGUGAUAGAUACCUUACCGAUAUUCUAUUUGGUAAUCUCUAUGGAAUGUUAACUAUCUUUACAAAACCAAUCACAAGUAAUGGUGAUAAUCCAAUGGUUAAAUUGAUUAGAAACAAGGAACAUCAAUUUGUUCAAUACUCUAAACAAUUUUAUCAACCUCCUUUACAACCUCUAUUCAAACCAGGUAUUUAUUUUAAGAAAUAA